AAUGUCUAAUUGCAAAGAUUUUGUCACAAUUCUUAAUAGAGAUUAUCUUAUACUUGGAUUUUUAACUAAUGAGUAAGUCUAUGAAUAAUUACCACAUAAACUAGAUCCUCCAAAAAUUUUAAUUUAUAAAUUGGAUAUUGUUGAUGAAGUUGUUUUAAUGGAAGAAAUUCCUUUAACAAUAGAUACAAAUUUCGAAGAAGUAGCUCAAAAAAUUAAGACAUUAGAAGCAACAUUUAAUAAAGAAUAUAUUUAUAUAGAAAAUAUUAAAAAAGAAGUUAAUUCUCAUAAUUAAUAUAACUAAAAUUAUCUUAAUUAUACAUGAC